GUAGACGCAUGCAGCAGCUCGUGGUGAAGAGAAGUUGGAUAAGGGGGCAGGAGGCGCAGCCACAGACAGCAGCACCGCAGCGCCCCGUUCCCGCCAUGGCCACCGCCACCGCCGCGCUCCACCUCCUCCUCCCCACCCGCCGCCGGGGACGCCUCCUCGUCCCCCGCGCCUGCCAGGCCGACUCCUCCACCACCACGUCUCGCCGCGGCCUCAUUGCCGACACCGCCACCGCGGCCGUCGCCGCCGCCGCCGCGCCGCUGCUGCUGCCCCGGCUCCCCGCGGCGCGCGCCGAGGACCUGUCCGAGUGGGAGCGCGUCGGGCUCCCCAUCGACCCCGGCGUCGUGCUCCUCGACAUCGCCUUCGUCCCCGACGACGCCUCCCACGGGUUCCUCCUGGGAACGAGGCAGACGAUCCUGGAGACCAAGGACGGCGGGCGCACCUGGUUCCCGCGCUCCAUCCCGUCGGCGGAGGACGAGGACUUCAACUACAGGUUCAACUCCGUCAGCUUCAGCGGCAAGGAGGGGUGGAUCGUCGGCAAGCCGGCCAUCCUGCUGCACACCAAGGACGCCGGCGACAGCUGGGAGAGGAUCCCGCUCAGCGCCCAGCUCCCAGGGGACAUGGUUUACAUCCAGGCUACCGGGGAGCAGAGCGCGGAGAUGGUGACCGACGAGGGGGCCAUCUACGUGACCUCCAACCGCGGCUACAACUGGAAGGCCGCCGUGCAGGAGACCGUGUCGGCCACUCUCAACAGAACAGUUUCAAGCGGCAUUAGCGGUGCGAGUUACUACACCGGCACUUUCAACACGGUGAACCGCUCGCCUGACGGCAGCUACGUCGCUGUCUCCAGCCGCGGGAACUUCUUCUUGACUUGGGAGCCUGGGCAGCUAUAUUGGCAACCGCACAACAGGGCUGUGGCGCGGCGGAUACAGAACAUGGGAUGGAGAGCAGAUGGUGGGCUCUGGCUCCUCGUCCGCGGCGGUGGACUCUUCCUCAGUAAAGGAACAGGGAUAGUUGAGGACUUUGAGGAAGCAUCGGUGCAAAGUCGCGGGUUUGGAAUUCUGGACGUGGGCUACCGCUCAAAGGAUGAGGCAUGGGCUGCCGGUGGGAGUGGCGUCCUGCUGAAAACAACCAACGGCGGCAAGACCUGGGUUCGCGACAGGGCCGCAGAUAACAUCCCCGGCAACCUCUACUCCGUAAAGUUCAUUGGAGACAACCAAGGUUUCGUGCUAGGAAACGACGGCGUCUUGCUCCGAUAUGUUGGCUGAAAUGGAAAAAUAAAAACCAUGGCUAUCUAAACCCUUUUUGUAUGUAAGAAUGAUCCAUAUAUAGACGCACAUGUGAAAGGCUGCUGAUUGUCCCGACGUUCUUACUUGUGCAAGAGAGUGUAAAUCUUACCUGUCUAUUACUGUUAUUUGACCGACGGUUGUUUCAAACAUUCAAAGGCAUACAGUACAGUAGUACGUGAGCAGUGAGCACAUACAUUAGUUUAUC